CCUGCGCGUCCUGCUGCCCCGGGAAAGCGCUGCCUGCCGGCGGCCGAAGGCCAAGAUGGAUCCCAACAGGAUCAUCCAGGCGCUGAAGGGCACCAUAGACCCCAAGCUGCGCGUCGCCGCCGAGAACGAGCUCAACCAGUCCUAUAAGAUCAUCAACUUUGCUCCAAGUCUGCUGCAAAUCAUUGUGUCCGACCAGGUUGAAUUUCCAGUGCGUCAAGCAGCUGCCAUUUACCUGAAGAACAUGGUGACCCAGUACUGGCCAGACCGUGAGCCACCCCCUGGAGAAGCUGUUUUCCCGUUUAACAUCCAUGAGAACGAUCGGCAGCAGAUUCGGGAUAACAUUGUGGAGGGAAUCAUUCGUUCUCCUGACUUAGUGAGAGCCCAGCUGACAAUGUGCCUCCGUGCUAUCAUUAAACAUGACUUCCCUGGCCACUGGACAGCUGUGGUAGACAAGAUAGGAUACUACCUGCAGUCUCCAAACAGUGGCAGCUGGCUUGGGAGCCUCCUGUGCCUCUAUCAGCUGGUGAAGACUUAUGAGUACAAAAAGGCAGAGGAACGAGAUCCCCUCAUAGCAGCCAUGCAAAUAUUUUUGCCUCGGAUUCAGCAGCAGAUGAUCCAGCUUCUGCCUGAUAACUCCCAUUACUCUGUGCUGCUUCAGAAACAAAUCUUAAAAAUCUUCUAUGCUCUUGUUCAGUAUGCAUUGCCCCUCCAGCUGGUGAAUAACCAGACUAUGACUCAGUGGAUGGAGAUCUUCCGGACCAUCAUUGAUAGAAAUGUACCACAGGAGACUUUGCAAAUUGAUGAAGAUGACAGACCAGAGCUGGUGUGGUGGAAAUGCAAGAAGUGGGCAUUGCAUAUUGUAGCUCGUCUCUUUGAAAGAUAUGGAAGUCCUGGAAAUGUAACUAAAGAAUACUUUGAAUUCUCAGACUUCUUUUUAAAAACCUAUGCUGUGGGCAUACAACAGGUUCUCUUAAGAAUCUUAGACCAGUACAGGCAAAAAGACUAUGUUGCACCACGUGUUCUUCAGCAAACAUUGAAUUAUCUGAACCAAGGGGUGAUUCACUCUAUCACAUGGAAGCAAAUGAAGCCACACAUACAGACCAUAACAGAGGAGGUGAUAUUCUCUCUAAUGUGCUACAAAGAUGAGGAUGAGGAGCUCUGGCAAGAGGAUCCAUAUGAAUAUAUCCGCAUGAAAUUUGAUGUAUUUGAGGACUAUGCAUCCACAACAACAGCAGCCCAGAAUCUCCUUUACACUGCUGCAAAGAAGAGAAAAGAGGUAUUACCAAAAAUGAUGGCAUAUUGCUACCAGAUUCUGACAGAGCCAAACAUUGAUCCAAGGAAAAAAGAUGGAGCUUUGCAUGUUAUAGGAUCCCUAGCAGAUAUUUUGCUGAAGAAGAGUGUCUUCAAGGAUCAAAUGGAGCUGAUGUUGCAGAAUCAUGUGUUUCCCUUGUUCAUGUCUAACCUGGGAUACCUCAGAGCUCGAUCGUGUUGGGUACUUCAUUCAUUCAGUGCUUUGAAAUUUCACAAUGAGCUAAACUUGAGGAAUGCAGUAGAGCUGACAAAGAAGAGCCUGAUUGAUGAUAAGGAGAUGCCUGUCAAAGUAGAAGCAGCCAUAGCCCUUCAGACCUUAAUAAGCAACCAAGAGCAGGCCAAGGAAUAUGUGAAGCCUUAUGUGAGGCCAGUGAUGCAUGAGCUCCUGCACAUUGUGAGGGAGACAGAGAACGAUGAUCUCACCAAUGUAAUCCAGAAGAUGAUCUAUGAGUACAGCCAGGAAGUGGCCACUAUUGCUGUGGACAUGACCCAGCACCUGGCUGAAAUAUUUGGUAAAGUACUUCAGAGUGAGGAAUAUGAGGAAGUAGAGGACAAAACUGUUAUGGCCAUGGGCAUCUUGCACACAAUUGACACAAUCCUGACAGUUGUGGAAGAUCACAAGGAGAUCACUCAACAGCUCGAGAGCAUUUGUUUACAGAUCAUUGGCCUUGUUUUGCAGAAACACGUGAUAGAGUUUUAUGAAGAAAUUCUGUCCUUGGCCUUCAGCUUAACAUGCCAGAUGAUUUCACCUCAGAUGUGGCAGCUUUUAGGUGUUCUGUACGAGGUUUUCCAGCAGGACUGCUUUGAAUACUUUGCAGAUAUGAUGCCUCUCUUGCAUAAUUAUGUGACUAUUGACACUGAUACUUUGCUGUCUAACCCAAAGCAUUUAGAAAUCAUUUACUCUAUGUGUAAAAAGGUACUGACAGGAGAUGCAGGAGAAGAUGCAGAGUGCCAUGCAGCCAAACUCCUAGAAGUGAUUGUUCUUCAGUGCAAAGGACGGGGUAUUGACCAGUGUAUUCCCCUGUUUGUGGAGGCUGUUCUGGAGCGCCUGACUCGAGGAGUUAAAACGAGCGAGCUCCGUACCAUGUGUCUUCAAGUUGCCAUAGCUGCGCUCUACUACAAUCCUGACCUACUUUUGCACACCUUGGAGAACAUCAGAUUUCCACACAAUCCUGAGCCCAUCACUGCACAGUUCAUAAACCAGUGGAUGAAUGACACAGACUGUUUUUUUGGACUCCAUGACAGAAAGAUGUGUAUAAUAGGACUGAGCAUCCUAAUGGAAUUGCAGAACCGACCACCUGCAGUGGAUGCUGUGGCUGCCCAGAUUGUUCCUUCAAUCCUCCUCCUCUUCUUGGGCUUAAAACAAGUGUGCGCCUCACGAGAGCUCACAGAACACGAGGAUCAUGCUAAAGAUGAAAAACACUUUGCAGAAGAUAAUGAAGAGAUACCGAGCGAUGAGGAUGAGACAAAUGAAGUGAGCCAGGCAAUGCAAGAGAACCACGGUGGAGGAGGAGGUGGCAGUGCUGGAGGUGGAGAGGAAGAGGAUGAAGAUGAUGAUGAUGAUGAUGACUGGGAUGAAGAUGCACUGGAGGAGACUGCUCUUGAAGGGUUCAGCACACCUCUUGACCUUGAAAAUGGUGUUGAUGAAUACCAGUUUUUUACACAAGCACUUCUGACGGUGCAGAGCCGGGAUGCAGCCUGGUACCACUCCCUGACUGCACCUCUGAGUGAGGAUCAGAAGAAACAGCUGCAGGAGAUCUACACAUUAGCAGAGCACAGGAGAACUGCUGCAGAGACUAAGACAAUAGAACAACAAAGUGGCUACACAUUUGACAACAAAGGACUGAUCACAGCAUUUAAUUUUGCUGGAAAUACUCCCGGUGGCAACUGAAGGAUUGGCUACAAAGGUCAAUGGGAAGGGUCUCAUCAUUACAUUUUCUUGAAAUCAUCGUGACUUCCGAGUGAUAGGGGAGGGUAAUUUAAUGCUGCUGAAGGUUUUCUGGGAAAUAGCAGUGUGCUUCCCCCACCAGAAUGCUCUUUCUAACCAGCUACUGUAAUGUACAAAUUCUUGUGGUGUUUUUAUAAUUUGAUGGACUGAAAGGAAAUGUUCGUCCUCAAGGAACCUGGAUGACCGGGAGGGGCCAGGCUGCAUCUAAUUGAGUUGCACUUCUCAGGUUUUUGCUGUGCAGAAUUGAUAGAUUCAUAUGGAUAACAGUGCCUUCUGUUGUACAUGGAUUGCCUGAACAAAUGGAUUUUGGAGUGCAUUAUAAUUUUUUAAGUGUAAGGACAUUUCUUGAUACACUGUAAGCCUUGGUUCCAUGUUUUCCAAUCACCUGCUUUUUACUGCUCGGUUUAAUUGUUUGUUGGUUGCAUACAAAUUGCUGGAUUCACAAUAUUAGCACACCUUCCCUAUUUGGUGCAGACCAAAUGUGUAGAGGGAGGUGCCUGUUGGAGUUGCAGAGCAAACACUGGUUAUGUCAAAGGGUCUUAACAAAAUGGCAGAUUUUCCCUUGAUGCAGUAGUCUUAAAUUAUUUCUCUUAGCCAUGAAUUCAAUUUGCUUGAGUUACAGUGGCUUGCCUGGCAGGUGCCUACCCUAAAUCUACAUCAAUAUUAGCUCCUGCCUGGACAAAUGAUGUGGCCCUCUCAUGUAGAUGUUCUACAUGACAGCUUAUUUCUGCUGUUAUUGAUGAAUAUUGGAUUAUACAUGGGAUAAUCUCUUCUGGUUUUUUUCUUUCAUUACCAUUCCAGUGGUAGUACUGAAUAAUGUGGUAAAAAAUAUUUGCAAUAUUUUAUUUAUUUUGAUAGAAGAAGAACAGCUUCAAACUUACUUCUUAUUGUUACACUUUGUGAUUGUAUUUCUGGUCUGCAUUGCAGUUGGUUAUUCUUAUUCCAUGCUAAAAUUUCUUCUGACAGAUUUUUUUUCCUGAAUUUUGAAGACUGGUUUCACCACUGGAGGUUUAGAUUAGCUAUUAGGAAAAAUUUCGUCAUGGGAAGAGUGGUCACACAUUGGGACAGGUUGCCCAGGGAAGUGGGAAGAAUCAACAUCCCUGGAAGUGUUUAAGCAACACAUAGAUGUGGCACUUAGGGGCAGGGUUUUGCAGUGAACAUGGAGUUAACAGUUGUACUUGAUGACCUUAGAGGUCUUUUCCAACCUAAAGAGUUCUAUAGGACAAGGUGUUUGUGGAGAAGUUCAUUUAGAGAGGAAGUGAUAGCAGUACUAAUUUGAAUAGGUGCCCCUCCUUUAGCUCUACUGGGAUCACAGUGGUGUAGCAAAAAGAAUAGGGGUGCUUUAGAAUGUGAACUUUGGAUUGGAGAUAAAAUGUUUAGACCAGAUUUUGUCUCUGUGUUAAUUUCUUUAUGAUUUAAAAAUAUUCACCAAUCAGUUUUAAACACAUACUAAUAAUCUAUUUCUUUACAGCAGUGUCCAAAAUAAAAAGUCAAAGCCUUUCCCAUACCCCAUCAAAUUUUCUUCAACUACAGUAAAUUACAGACUGCUGGCUCUGUGCAAUGCUGAAGCUUUCAUUUUGUUAUUCUGGGUGAGUCUGAUAAAUCUGAAGUACUCUGUGCCUUGGCUUCUGGAAAAGGCCAGAGGAUCUCUACCCGUUUUCCUUCUGGAAUUUUCCUGGCCUGGCAGCUGUGGGGCACAAUGUUCCCUGCACUUUCCUGUUUCCUGCACCUUUUUGUCAGACUCUAAGGCUGUUUCUGUGCUGCUGCUUCCUCUUUCUUUUUUUUGCCUUCCUUUCCCCAGCAGCUACAGAGUAAAGUUGGCCUGGUUUAUGUAGGUUUUUCACUGAUGCUGCUUAUUUAAUAGCAACAGUGAAAAUGUCUCAUUUUUAGGCCUGUUGUACAUGUGGAAACAGUGAGAAUUCUAGGGUCUGUAUUUUUAAAAGAGAACAGUCUAUUGAGCUGCACUGGACAGGCUCUUUAAGGUCAGGCAGAAGAGGGCCAAGAUAUCCUUUAUUUUGAAUGUCAGGUUAUGAAAAUUACAGGUCACUUCCUAAUUUAGGCCUGGGGGUGUACUGACUGAGACACUAAGUAAGAAAGCAAUACAUCCAGUUUGUUGAGGAGUUCAUCAGAAACCACAGAAGUUUUGAAAUCAUUCACCAAUGUAAGAAAUAGUUUUUGGAAGUUAAGGGCACUGGUGACUUCUCUCUUACCUGUCAAUUGAAGUUAGGUAUUAGGCAGGUAAACUGUUAAAGCCCUUUAUUAUUUUAUUAAAAGAAGCAAGAUUGUCAAGUUGGGUUUCUUUCAAAGCCCAUUUGCCUUCUCUAUACUGGUGUGCAGAGUAGAAGAUGGAUUUAUUUUUCUUCUGCUAAUGAGGUUGCUUGCACUGUCACAGGCUUAUAUUUAGGAGUUUGUGUUCAAGGUAAAAUCUGCUUUUGCAUAGCAUCAUCUUGGUGUCACUAAGCUGAACUAUGGCUGCUCCCUAGUUCUGCUUCUUGUAUACUUUUCAAAUCAGCUGCCAAGAAAAUUUCAUCCAGAUGUUUCAUACAAGAGUUUAAUCAGCAUUGUGGAGCUGGGAAUCUUUGUUGUCUAUUUUGCAUUGGGGUCAGAGAUGUCUGAGGGAAUGGCAUGUAAAAAGGUUAAAUGCCUUUCCCUUCCCAGAAGAUUCAUGAGCAAACGUUUCUACUGGCAAAAGCAAAUGUUAAUGAUUUUAUUCCUUUUUUUUUGAAAAGGGUUUUCAUCCAAAAAGAUUUAUUGGGCUCUGGCCUUCAUUUUAACACAUGGUUCUCUUUUAACAUGAUAAAUACCCAUUUGUACAUGCUCAUAAAUACGUAAUGGAUUUUAGGUGUUUCUUUCUGAGCUGUGUCCAGCUUUGUACUGCAUUAAAGGGAGAGUAACACAAAUGUG